AUGGGAACAUUUAACCUAACAAGAUUUUCUUAAUUCAUCCUCUUGGGACUCUCCUCUCGGCCUGAAGACCAGAAACCAUUCUUUGCCCUCUUUUGUAUAAUAUACCUAGUCACUUUAAUGGGAAAUUUGCUCAUCAUCUUGGCCAUCCACUCUGAUCCUAAGCUCCAAAAUCCCAUGUAUUUCUUUCUAAGCAUCUUGUCUUUUGCUGAUAUUUGCUACAGGACAGUCAUAGUCCCCAAGAUGCUGAUGAACUUCUUAUCAGAGACUAAGACUAUUGCCUAUGCUGAAUGUCUGACACAGAUGUAUUUCUUCCUAGCCUUUGGAAACAUGGACAGUUAUCUACUGGCAGCUAUGACCAUUGACCGCUAUGUAGCUAUUUGUGAUCCCUUCCACUAUGUCACCUUUAUGAGCCACAGACACUGUGUGUUGCUAGUGUCCUUUUCCAUUGCUGUCUCCUGCCUCCACUCCCUCCUACAUGUCCUCCUAGUGAAUCGGCUCACCUUUUGUGCUUCAAAAGUUAUCCGUCACUUUUUUUGUGAUGUUUACCCAGUUCUGAAACUGUCUUGCUCUUCUACUUUCAUCAAUGAACUUGUGGCCAUGACAGAAGGGCUGGCCUCUGUGAUGGCUCCUUUUAUCUGUAUCAUCAUCUCUUAUCUACAGAUCCUCAUUGCAGUUCUCAAGAUCCCCUCAGCUGCUGGAAAACGCAAAACCUUCUCCACCUGCAGCUCUCAUCUCACUGUGGUCACUCUGUUUUAUGGAAGCAUUAGCUAUGUCUAUUUCCAGCCCUUGUCCAGCUAUACUGUUAAGGACCGGAUAGCAACAAUCAUCUACACAGUAUUGACAUCGAUGUUAAACCCAUUUAUCUACAGUGUAAGGAACAAAGACAUGAAACAGGGCUUAGACAAACUGAUAAACAGGAUUAAGUCUCAAAUAAGUAAGCUUUCUUCUACAGAAUCUAACAGAAUCCGUGGACCCUAA